AACAACAGCAGCAACAUCAUGAACAACAACAACAGCAUCAUGAACAACACCAACAACAACAGCAGCAACAUCAUGAACAACAACAACAACAACAGCAGCAACAUCAUGAACAACAACAGCAACAUCAUGAACAACACCAACAACAACAGCAACAACAUGAACAACAACAACAACAAGAGCAGCAACAUCAUGAACAACAACAACAUGAACAAUAACAACAACAGCAGCAACAUCAUGAACAACAAACAACAACAGCAGCAACAUCAUGAACAACAACAACAGCAACAACAUGAACAACAACAACAACAAGAGCACAACCUCAUGAACAACAACAACAACAGCAGCAACAUCAUGAACAACAACAACAACAACAGCAACAACAUCAUGAACAACAACAACAACAGCAGCAACAUCAUGAACAACAACAACAACAACAGCAGCAACAUCAUGAACAACAACAACAACAGCAGCAACCUCAUGAACAACAACAACAACAGCAGCAACAUCAUGAACAACAACAACAACAACAGCAACAACAACAUGAACAACAACAACAACAGCAGCAACAUCAUGAACAACAGCAGCAACAUCAUGAACAACAACAACAACAGCAGCAACAUCAUGAACAACAACAACAAGAGCAGCAACAUCAUGAACAACAACAACAGCAACAUCAUGAACAACAACAACAACAGCAGCAGCAGCAGCAGCAACAUCAUGAACAACAACAAACAAGAGCAGCAACAUCAUGAACAACAACAACAGCAACAUCAUGAACAACAACAACAACAGCAGCAGCAGCAGCAGCAACAUCAUGAACAACAACAACAACAACAGCAGCAACAUCAUGAACAACAACAACAACAGCAGCAACCUCAUGAACAACAACAACAACAGCAGCAACAUCAUGAACAACAACAACAACAACAGCAACAACAACAUGAACAACAACAACAACAGCAGCAACAUCAUGAACAACAGCAGCAACAUCAUGAACAAAACAAC